CCUUGAUAAGGAGUUCAAAAAAAGAAUCGAUGAAGAAAGCAAAGCUCUACCAAACCUCGAUGCACUACUUAAACUAUGUUCUAAUAGAAUUUUCAUUAUCGAUAACCGGUCCCCAAAUCGGAAAAACGAGGCUUCACGCUUUUAUAAAGCGUUGAAGAAAUGGGCCCUUGGUAUAAAUUACUGUACAGACAGUCAUAACCUUGCAAUAAUGAUGGCAAAAGAUAGAAAGAUUCGGGAUGCAAAGCUUGAUGCAGACUUGGAAAAAGAGUUAAAGAAAAAUAAACAACAACUUGAAAAGAAAACGAAGGAAAGAGGAAAGAAAAAGGAUGAAGAAAUGAAAAAGUUACUCACGCCAACAUCAAACCCCGACUCCAAUGUGACAAAUCAGCAUAUCGAAAAGAAAAAGGCUAUCAUGCGCUCAUAUAAAAAUGAUAUUGAAGAUUAUGAGAAUAAAUAUAAUGAUGCAGUUAAAGAACUUAAAAGUCGUUAUGAAGAGGAAAAACGCAAACCAAUAGAACCAUCGUCUAAUGUAUCGCAUACAAUAGCAAAAGCGAUAGGAACUGGUGCAGUGGGAGGAAUAGCUGGUGGAUUCUUUGGAGGACCGUUUGGUGCAGCAGCAGGAGCUGCAGGAGGUAUUGGUUCAUUUGCUGCAGGAAAGAAGUUAAAGGAUUCUUGUAAUAUUAUGUAGUCGUAUUGUAAAAUGAUGGAA